CACACAAAGCAUUGCUUGCAAAGACGCAGAUCGCGCGAGCCCAGCCGGGAAGAUCCGUGGCUGGUUCGCGAAUGCUUUGGAUGGAGAGGAAGCAGGUGACAGUUGGGAGAGGAAGAAUCCAUUGGAGGCUUGUCCAAGUGCCAGGUGGCGAAAAAAAGAUAAAACACAAGUCUGAAAACUGGAGCAAUAUGGAAGAAUAGGAAUGGAUCUUCUGAUUCGCAGCAUGGAAUCCAAACUAACAAUGGAGCAGUAAGGAGAAAAAUGGCUGUCCCCUCCGCAUAGGAAAAACGUAGGUUCUGAAACAAGCUUUGAAUCGCAGUGGAAAAUGCAUGCAAAGAAGAAACCAUAUAAAUGCUUGGAGUGUGGAAAGAGAUUCAACAUAAAGGGACAUCUUACUGUACACAAUAGAACCCACACAGGGGAGAAACCAUAUAAAUGCUUGGAGUGUGGAAAGAGCUUCAGCAGGAGUGAUUAUCUUACAAUACACCAAAGAACCCACACAGGGGAGAAACCAUAUAAAUGCUUGGAGUGUGGAAAAAGCUUCAGUCAGAGUGCAAAUCUUACUACACAUCUCAGAUUGCACACUGGGGGAAAGCCUCAUCAAUGCUUUGAGUGUGGCAGGAGCUUCAGCAGGAGUGAUUCUCUUACAAUACACCAGAGAACCCACACAGGGGAGAAACCAUAUAAAUGCAUGAAAUGUGGAAAGAGCUUCUGCAGCAAGUAUUAUCUUACUUACCACUACAGAAUCCACACAGGGGAGAAACCAUGUAAAUGCUUGGAGUGUGGAAAGAGCUUCCGUCAGAGUGCAUAUCUUACUAGACAUCUCAGAAUGCACACUGGGGGAAAGCUACAUCAAUGUUUGGAGUGUGGAAAGAGCUUCGGCACAAGCGGAGCUCUAACUAGUCAUCAAAGUACCCAUACUGGGGAGAAACCAUAUAAAUGCAUGAAAUGUGGAAAGAGCUUCCGCAGCAAGUAUUAUCUUACUUACCACUACAGAAUCCACACAGGGGAGAAACCAUAUAAAUGCAUAAAGUGUGGAAAGAGCUUCAGUUGGAACAGAGAUCUCACUGCCCAUCUCAGAAUGCACAAUGGGGAAAAGAUACAUCAAUGUUUGGAGUGUGGAAAGAGCUUCGGCACAAGCGGAGCUCUAACUAGUCAUCAAAGUACCCAUACUGGAGAGAAACCAUAUAAAUGCAUGAAAUGUGGAAAGAGCUUCCGCAGCAAGUAUUAUCUUACUUACCACUACAGAAUCCACACAGGGGAGAAACCAUAUAAAUGCAUGAAGUGUGGAAAGAGCUUCAGUCGGAACAGAGAUCUCACUGCCCAUCUCAGAAUGCACAAUGGGGAAAAUCCAUAUCAAUGCUUGGAGUGUGGAAAGAGCUUCAGCAGGAGUGAUUCUCUUGCAUUACACCACAGAACGCACAAAGGGGAGAAACCAUAUAAAUGCUUGGAGUGUGGAAAGAGCUUCAGUCAGAGUGGAUAUCUUACUAUGCAUUGCAGAAUGCACACAAGGGAAAAGCUACAUCAAUGCUUGGAGUGUGGAAAGAGCUUCAUUCAGCGUGGGCAACUUAUUAUCCAUCUCAGAAUGCACACAGGGGAAAAGCCACAUCAAUGCUUGGAGUGUGGAAAGAGCUUCAGUCAGCGUGGAUAUCUUACUAUCCAUCUCAGAAUGCACACAGGGGAAAAGCCACAUAAAUGCUUGGAGUGUGGAAAGAGCUUCAGCAGGAGUGAUUCUCUUACAUUACACCACAGAACCCACACAGGGGAGAAACCAUAUGAAUGCUUUGAGUGUGGAAAGAGCUUCAGCACAAAUGGAGAACUUACUUCACACUACAGAACCCACACUGGGAAGAAACCACAUAAAUGCUUGGAGUGUGGAAAGAGCUUCCACCACAGAACAUCUCUUACUUCACACCAUAGAAUCCACACAGGGGAGAAGCCAUAUAAAUGCUUGGAGUGUGGGAAGAGCUUCAGCACAGGUGGAAAUCUCACUAAUCACCAUAGAACCCACACUGGGGAGAAACCAUAUGAAUGCUUGGAGUGUGGAAAGCGCUUCAGCCAGAAUGGAAAUCUUUCCUUACACCACAGAACUCACACUGGGGAGAAACCACAUAAAUGCUUGGAGUGUGGGAAGACCUUCAGCGAGAGUAGACAACUUUCUUUACACCACAGAACUCACACAGAACCACGGGACUCAGAGGAGAAACCAUAUAAGUGUUUGGACUGUGGAAAAAGCUUCAGCCAGAGUGGACAUCUUACUAUACACCAUAGAACCCACACUGGGGAGAAACCAUAUAAAUGCUUGGAGUGUGGGAAGAGCUUCAGCACAAGCGGAGCUCUAACUAGUCAUCAUAGAACCCACACAGGGGAGAAACCAUAUGAAUGCUUGGAGUGUGGAAAGCGCUUCAGCCAGAGUGGAAAUCUUUCCUUACACCACAGAACUCACACUGGGGAGAAACCACAUAAAUGCUUUGAGUGUGGGAAGAGCUUCAGCCAGAGUCGACAACUUUCUUUACACCACAGAACUCACACAGAACCACGGGACUCAGAGGAGAAACCAUAUAAGUGCUUGGACUGUGGAAAAAGCUUCAGCCAGAGUGGACAUCUUACUAUACACCAUAGAACCCACACUGGGGAGAAACCAUAUAAAUGCUUGGAGUGUGGGAAGAGCUUCAGCACAGGUGGAAAUCUCACUAAACACCAUAGAACUCACACUGGGGAGAAAGCACAUAAAGUCUUGGGGAACAGAAGACACUCCACACGGCACAUCAGCAAACCCUUAUAGUGUUGAAAUUAUACAUAUGAAACUGCAGACAAGCCUGAGAACCAGCAUCAGUUUGUAAAAUAUAAAGCCUUCUGUGAUUCCUUCUUUCUCCUCGUUACACUGGGAAUUAGGGCCCAGUGUUCAUAGAAUAGUUUUUGUGCCUCUGUUAUGAAUAAGUCUGCAUAAUAACUGGUGCAAAUAGAUUGGUGAAUAUUAGUGUUUUACGCAUUUGCUUUCUUCUCAUUGCCUCUGAGUACCUUUCUGUGCAGGUCUUGGAAUGUGGAACCUGGAGAAGUAGGAGGAAGGUACACAAUCCUCUUCCAGCUCCCAAAGUAAAUUUUAUUUACGGUCAUGGGCCAAUAAUAGAACCAAAGACUGCAAUAACAGGAAAACAGAUAUCAAACAAUAUCAGUUGGAACAAUACCAAAUAUCAUCAUAACAGUCCCAAACAAUCUGAGCUCUUCUUUGAAUCAAUCAAGGAGCUACACGUCCUGAAGGCUACAUAGCAGAAUUUUGCUACAGUGAAGGAAAGAGUAGGAUCAUUAUCCACAAGUUAAAAUUGCGGAUAAUUAAAAGUUAAAAUAACAAUCCCAAUAAAAACUAGAAUGCAAUGAAAUGUGAGCAAGAGUUUCAAUUUUCCCAGAACUACAGGAUAAAGCCGAGCUUCCAUAGGUAGAUGUUGAAACCUCCCACUGAGCAGAGUUGAUGGGAAAGCAUUAAAAUAAGCUCUAGAAAGGGCCCAAUGAGGUUUAGAGAAGGUAAUAGAUGUCGUAAACCCCUCCUAUAUUCUAUGAAAGAAAAACUACAGGGCUCCGUGGUCACCAGGAGUCAACACCAACUUGACAGCCCACUUUAAUAGAUCUCAAAUAUGGUGGAGAGGAAAAACCUGCCCAGACCCUUAAUGACCCAUAUGGACCAGGCAAAUGAGCGGCCUCUUUCUGCAGCUCAAUAUCCUCCAGUCUCUGACGAACCAUGUUUUUUGCUCUCAUAAAACCCAUUUUAAGGGGGGGGGGGAGGAAGCUGGAGCUAAUCCAAGAACAAGAAGUUUGUUAAUUAUCCCCAAACACCAAGGCAGCUGAGGAGUUGCAUCCUAGAUUUGGCCAAAUAUAAUUUAAUAGCAGCAGGAAUAUAGUCUCCCAAUCAAAUGCAGACUAGUCAAUACAAUAAUAUUUCCAAUAGCUACAUAUGGCUGUGUAACUUUGAAGAAGACAGCUAGGAGAAGGAUGGAUGCUUUCAAGAUGUGGUGUUGGAGGUGACAAUCACAAAUGAGGAAGUUUUAGAUUGCGUUAAACCAAUAAUAUUGCUAGAAGCCAAGAUUGCUAAACAAAGACUGACAUAUUUUGGUCAUGUCAUGCGAACUGAUUCACUCGAAAAGACAAUUAUGCUGGGAAUGAUCAGCAGAAGAAGGAGAUGGGAACAGCCUCGUACUCGUUGGUUGGAUAUUAUUAAAAAUUACGCAGGAAUGAUCAUGGCAGAAUUAAAGGAAGUUGUACGAUAGGAUGGCUUGGAGUGCAUUGAUCCAUAGAGUGACUGAGAGUCGGACACGACUGAACGGAUUGAGAGGGAGAGAAUAUAGCCACCUUCCUGGGUACAGUGGAAUCUCAGUACAGCUGUUGCAUAUACUUUGUGCCAUAUCAGAGUCCAGUCUACUGUGUGCAGAUUUCCUGCCAUUAUACUGAAAAGCCACGUGAAGAUUCUUAAAAUGUUCCAUUUGCUCAAUUUGAUGGCCAUCAGCAGACCAGGUGAAAUUCUUAGUACUGUUAUUGAAAGAGACCAUUUUAGUUUUGGAGUAGUUAAUAACCAAAUGCUCCUCCUGGCAAUGAAGGGCCAGGGCCCCCCAGGCUCUCUUAAGACCACUCCUAGUCUGCGAAAGGAUAAUGGCAUCAUCAGCAUACAGGAGUAUUGGUAACCUUUUAUCAGCUAAUUUUGGAGCACGCAUGUCCAGAUUCUGCAGUCGUUGAAUAAGCGCAUUGAUCUAGAUGUUAAUUUAAAAAGGAGCCAAUAUGCAACCCUUCCUCAAACCUUUUAAUGUUGGAACUGAAUUAGAACGUUGACCCUCUGGACUGAAUCCAACACGGAGACUGGUAUUCUUGUGUACUGUAACUUGUAAAUAAGUAGCAGCAGUCACUUGUCGAUUGAUGAAUUAAAAAGCUUUGACUGUAACAGGCCUCUAGAAAUAGCAUUGAAAGCGGCUUUGAAGUCAAGAAAGGCUGCAAAAAGGGAUCCUUUGGUAAACCAUAUUUAUCAAUCAAAUGCUGCAGAAUCGAUCCAUAACUGAUCCAGUGAUCCAUAACUGAUCUGUCAUACCUAAAGCCAGCUUCUUCUUCCUCCAGAAAGCCUUCUUGUUCUAACCAAUCACAUAAUUUCAGACAAAGAUGUCUAGCAUAUUGUUUGCUGAUUAUCUUAAGAAGGCUUAUUGGCGUAUAAUUAGUCGGAUCCUCUUUACUUCCUUUUUAAAAAAUAGGGACUUAUAAUAGCGAGACCUCAGUCACAAAACGUCCUCUCCCCGCCCCCUCCCCCACACUAAGGGUAAAAACAAAGUGGAGUAUCACUACAAGAAGUAUUUGUAUAUUUAAAAACAAUGUUUUUAAGGGAGAGGGAAUUUUAAAUACUAAGGACUGAACUGUGGGUAAGUGUUGUUGAAAUGUUUUCACGAAGAUUUGAACUUUAGAACUUUGAACUUUGGAAAAAGAUUCCUAUAGAUUAUAUAAUAGACAUAUAUGGAUUACAAAUUUUUGUUAGUGGAAGAGGCGGAGGUGAUCUCUCUCCUAACUGCGUGUUCUAAUUUUCCUCCUACCUAGUUUGGACUACUUUUGUUGGAUUACUUAAGACACCCUAAGAUGGAGCUCAUGGACUAUCUAUACUGAGCAAAGUAUGAAAAUUUUCUUUUUAUCCCAUUUCAUUUUUGGAUAAUAAACUUGGCUGGACUUUAUUUACAACAUUAGAUGUUUUCACUGCAUGGAAUUUGUUCUUUGGACUUGGAUUUAAUUGUCAAUUUGGAUUAUUUUAUUUUCAGCAAGAUUUCAGUAUUUCAGUAUUUGGGGCGAGUGGCUUUUCCCUGGGAUUAUAAUAACUGUGUGCAGAAGAUUGGAUCAAGAAGUGUUAAGGAUUUUAAAGUUUAGUUUUGUUAUUCUAAUGCAUUGUUAGCUGCAUAUACUAUGAUGAUUUAUAAAGUGCUUUUUUAUGAGGAAGAUAUAUAGUUAUACAGUUACUUAGUUCUUUCUUGUGGGCAAAUGACUUGAUUAGUAGUAGUAAAUAAAUCACAGUCCUUAGACCAGUUUAACAUUUAAAAUAAUACAUUUAUAAUUUCUAUUGCUAAUGCAAACUCACAAAACUCUGUAGGUGAGAAGCUUAUCCAUAUCUGCCAACAUUUAUCCAACCUUAAAGUCAUCUGACUGUCCACAUAGAAGGAUCUGAGAUGUAAGAAGCAACUGUUCCCUGGGUGAAGUAUACAGAAGGCAGUAUAAAUGCACGCUGUGCUCAGUUUGACUUGCUACUCCGCAAACACCAAGGCAUGUAUUAACUGGCCUUGGAAGAAAUCUUCCUGCAAGUAAGGAAGUAGGUUUGAUUUACAGUCUUAGAUCAGAAAAAGCAAAGCAAACCAACAAAAACACCAAAAACAACCCCCCCAAACCCCUCCCACUGGUAAAUACAAUAAACCUAAAGCUCUCAUCUGACACAAUUUGCCAUUGUUAAUGUUGCUACUAUCCUGGGCGGAUCCAGCGCACUCUGUGUGAAUGAAUGUGGUGUCUCUUGGAGAUCGGCAGUAGCAGAGAGUCUCUUGGUUCUCCUGGAGUCUUGUACUCCUCCCCUGCUUGGAAUUUGUCUGUAACUGCAGAGCCCAGGAAACUGGCUGUUGAACUGGUGGCUUCCUCCAAGUAGGAAAGGAACACAGUUUGUAAAAACCAACCAUUUGCUGUUGGUUUGGUUUGUGUGUGAUUUGUUCCCCUUGGUCAAGCUACCAUGUUGCGCGCUCUCCUCCUGCACCUGCAUGAACCAUGUGUGUGUUGUACAUGUGAGAGAAGUCCCAUCCUGUGUGUGCAUGCAAGGGAAUUUUAAGCUUUUAAAAAGACACACAAAUGUUUCCAAAGUAUACCAAAACUGUUCUAGUGUAAACUAGUGUAGACCUUCUUGUGAGGAAAUUAGUCCGUGCAAAAGUAUUAAAAGCUUUGCAAAGAAUGGAGAUGUGUGUGUGGGGGGGAAUGCUCUGACAAAAUGGAUCUCUUUUUGUUUUUGUUCCUGCCUUUUAUUCCUGAAGUUACACUGCUUAUAGCUCUGUUCAGGUCUCUGUGUGUGUUUCUUUCUCCCCCCCCCUUAUUAAAAUAUAUAUGCUGGUUUUAUAGCAACAGAGUUCUCAAAAUGGCUUAAAUAACAAAAUAUGAGAAAAUGGUUCUCUUAAAAUGAUUCCCCUUUUAAACAUUACCAAAAGUUUGUUUCUGAACACUUGCUUCGAAAUAAGGCUUUGCAGAUCAGUUCACAAGAAACUCAUUUUAAAAACUCCCUUGCCCAUGAAAUGAUUGGUUGUCUUUAAGUUCUACAAAACUGGGAUAACACCAUAUAUGACAUUCUGCUGUCCUAUUUGAAAUCAAAUUGGUGGCUUUUCUUUCUGUACUUUAUAGAUACACACUACACAUUGUAUAUGUAAUGUAGUAUAUAGACAUACACUAUAGUUGCAUAUGAUUUUUUUGCUUAUAUGAAAUGUACUGAAUAAAAGAGAUCAAACUAAA